CUUCAAAUCAACUCAUGUCUUCAUUGCGAUCGUCUGAAAGAUUCACAGGUGUGAUUAUAGGAGCAGCGGCAAUCUUAUUCGCAGCAUCAGCAUACAAUGUUAUCCUAGCAAACGUGCAAAACGAACCAAACAAGAAAAGCAAAUCAAAGAGUGACGCUCUUUCUUCAACACAACCCGAACCCAAGCUAUCAUCACAAUCUGCCGUUCAUAAUGUCACAUAUGCAACUAAACCGGAAGAUUGUCAAUCUUUCAGUUCAAACACAAAAGAACGUCCAAAGCUACAUGCUGGAGCAUUGUUUAAAUUGAUCGAUAUCGCAGCAGGCGUUGCAGCAAGACGGCAUGCGGGAAGAUCUUGUGUGACAAUCAGUGUGGAUUCGGUCGUAUUACUCAAACCAAUUUACCUCGGUGACUUGAUUCAUGUUUCUGCCAGCGUGAAUCGAGCAUGGGGAAGUAGUAUGGAAGUUGGAGUUAGAAUCGUAAAAGAGAGUAUCACAGGACAGGGAGAUAAUAAGAUGGAGUAUGUCAGUCAUUCUUACUUGACAUUCGUUGCAAUUAACAAGAGCAAACAGAUAGCUGAAUCAUCCUAUUUUGGGAAAGCAUGGCAGUCAAUCUUUGGUGCACCUGCCAAGCCAGCAAAGCCAAACCUUGCUUUGAUUAAGCCAAUGACUCGAUUAGAAUCAAGACGUCAUCUCUUAGCAGGGAGGAGAAGAACGAAGCGACUUGCAGAUGCUCAACAUGGCAGAACACGCGAGGGCGUAAGUAUUGAAAUCAAAUCAAAAGUUCGUCAAGAAAUGCAAAAGAUGAUGGACGAAUACGAUCAACAACAAUUCAAUCCACCUUCUCGUGAUAUUGCAAAUGCGAUAAGAGGAGAUGAACUUUUACGUGCGAUUGAGAUUGAAGUACUCAUUCAAGCUUGGGCACAAGGCGAAGACGUCGUUCAUGUACAUGACGGAAUGGUAGAAGUCAAUAUGCCGGGUGAUGAACCUUUGUUGUUUCCUGAGGCUGAGGUAAGGCAAAAAGCCAAGAAGUUAGGUAUCAAAUUACCCGGAGAUGCAAGAUUUGAUCCGACUGAAUACCGAUUGCAAGGAUCUGCAACACCAACUUGGGCACAAUCAGCAUCGCCUCCGCUAACACCGCUAAGACGCAAGCAAUCCAACUUGCAUGCACACAAGGACUUACAAUCAAACUCGCCAUUUGUCACCUCACAACAGCCUCUGCCAGCAGUCGGCUCGGGGAAUAAUAGCUUGCCAGUCAUCUCCACCCUGACUACCAGCAUGCACAUCGUCUUCCCUCAACAUACCAAUUCGAUCGGAAUAAUCUUUGGUGGAAAUACGAUGAGUUGGAGUGAAGAAGUAGCACUGAUGGCAUGUAGGAAGAUUCAAGUGAAAGGAAUGAUGAGGGUACCGCAUUGGAAAACAGUUUCGAUGGAUGGUUUAGAGUUUAACGUUCAAGUUGGAGUAGGAGAAUUAAUGAUUUUAUCUGCAAUCGUCGUUCGUACAUAUGCACAUUCAUGUGAAGUGUAUGUUUUGGCACAAGCGGAAAAUCGUGAAGGUCAAAGACGAUUCACAAAUGAUGUCUUGUUCACGAUGGCAUACUGCAAAGAACAAGCGUUGGCCACACAAAGUGAUACUUUAGACGGAGAAGGUAAAGUUGGAUCAAUUGACGAUCAUAUCACAUCGCAAAUCAUUAUGCCUGCCAAUUCGGCUCUAGAAUCGUUUGCCAAUGCCUCACAAGUACGCAGACAACAAAGAUUAGAAUUACGUCAAAUGUUGGUGCGUGUUUAUGGGUCUCAAGGUGAUAUGGCAAGUGCUUCAGAACAAUAGCGGAACUUGUACAUUUCUUGUAUCAUUUUGUAUUCUAUCUCAAUUUUCAUACAAAUGCUAUUAUUCUCAUUCUCCA